CCAGCGGGGGCUGCUGCCUGAGAAUGGAGGCCAGAGACAAACAAGUGCUCCGCUCCCUUCGCCUGGAGCUGGCUGUAGAGGUGUUGGUGGAGGGACUGGUCCUUCAGUACCUUUACCAGGAAGGAAUCUUGACCGAGAGCCAUGUUCAGGAGAUCCAGGCUCAGACCACGGGCCUCCGGAAGACAAUGCUGCUGCUGGACAUCCUGCCGUCCAGGGGGCCUAAGGCAUUUGAUGCAUUCCUAGGUUCCCUGCAGGAAUUUCCCUGGGUGAGGGAGAAGCUGGAGAAAGCCAGGGAGGAAGCCGUUCUUGAGCUGCCUGCAGGUGAUGAAAUGUCAGAGAUUCCUUCACAUAUCCUCAACAGCUCCCCUUCGGACCGGCAGAUUUCCCAGCUGGCCCAGCGGCUGGGCCCUGAGUGGGAGUCCGUGGUGCUGACCCUGGGGCUGUCACAUGCCGACAUCUACCACUGCAAGGCUAGCCACCCCCACAACAUGCACUCUCAGGUGGUGGAGGCCUUUGUGCGCUGGCGGCAGCGCCUUGGGAAGCAGGCCACCUUCCAGAGCCUGUGCCAGGGACUGCGGGCUGCACAGGUGGACCCCUCAGUGCUGCUGCCCGUGCUGGAGUGAGGGCGCCUCACCAGCACUGGGAGCCUGGCCCGGGGCUCUGCAGGGACGUGUCUCUAGGCCACAUGGGCCAAGCCCCAGCUUUCACUCAGCAGGCAAUGGUGUUUCUAGCUGAGGUUUGUUUUCCUCUUUUCAGUGAUCCUCAGGUGGAAGGAGAAAACAGUUUCCACCUGACGUGACCUGGAAGUCUAGGUGGCUCAGCAGAGCUCCUGGGUGGCCCAACUGUGCCUUGUUUUUGAUUACCGGAAGAUCACAUUGUUAUAAUUGUGCAGUUUCUAAUUGUGUGGUAGCCUUUUAGUAAACCGUAGUGGGUCAAGCAAACCACCAUGUCAUCGUGGUCUGAGCAGGUGGCCUAUGCACAGAGCCUUCCAUCCUGCAUUCCUAAGAUGGUGCUGUGGCUCUUCUGCUCACAGUGAUGAUGGCAAUAAAAUGUGAAAUGCUGUGUGA